AUGAAUUACCAUCCACCAUGUCCACAACCAGAGAAAGUGAUGGGACUUUGCCCUCAUUCUGAUCCCUCUGCCUUAACAAUCCUUCUUCAAGUCAAUGAAACUCAAGGUCUUCAAGUUAAAAAAGACGGAAUUUGGAUUCCCAUUUUACCCCUCCCUAAUGCUUUCAUAGUCAAUAUUGGAGAUACUUUUGAGAUUUUCUCAAAUGGAAUUUACAAAAGCAUAGAGCAUAGAUCAAUGGUGAGCUUAGAAAAAGAAAGGAUUUCAGUUGCAACAUUUCAGAGUUCAAGAUUGGAUGUUAUAUUAGGUCCAGCAAGUAGCCUUGUUACAGCUCAUAAUCCACCUAGAUUUAAAACAAUGGGAGCCACUGAAUUUUAUAGAGGAUAUCUCAACCGUAAACUUCUUGGGAAAUCAUAUGUGACAGCCAUGAGAAUUAAUCAUCAAUGA